AUAUGGCCACGGAGUUGUAAUUCAGUCUUUAUUAUUCCUUGGUUUACUGUAACGCAAAACUACUUAUUCCUGGGAUAGCGCAUCACCCCACGAAGCGAUGGGUUUAACACAAAGCUCGGAUGCAUCAGAUGGAGGAACGAAUGGAUAUCACGUUCAUGGGGUCCAAGAGAAUUCACCUGCAGAGAAAGCUGGAUUGGAGCCCUUUUUUGAUUUCAUCAUAUCAAUUGGAAACACAAGACUGAACCGAGAGAGUGACACAUUGAAGAACCUGCUGAAGGCCAAUGUGGAGAAGCCGGUGAAGGUGGGGGUCUACAGCAUCAAGGCCCUGACAGCCCGAGAGGUGGAGGUGGUGCCCAGCAACAAGUGGGGUGGGCAGGGGCUGCUGGGGGCCAGUGUCAGGUUCUGCAGCUUCCAAGGAGCUAAUGAAAAUGUCUGGCACGUCCUGGAUGUGGACCCUAACUCCCCAGCCGCGCUGGCGGGACUCCAGGCACACACGGAUUUCAUCGUUGGGGCCGACCAGGUUUUGCAAGAUUCUGAGGACUUCUUCUCCCUGAUCGAGACAUACGAGGGGAAGCCCCUGAAGCUGCUGGUGUAUAACACAGAGACAGACUUGUGCAGAGAUGUAGUGGUCACUCCCAAUGGAACCUGGGGAGGACAGGGCAGCUUAGGGUGUGGCAUCGGGUACGGUUACUUGCAUCGCAUCCCAAAUCGCCCAGUCACCCCAAAGUCGAGCAAAAUGCCCCCCUCCCCUCUGCCUGCAGAAAGCCCUGCUCCAGAACCACCUACAAAUGGCUAUACUGAGGUUUCCCUGAUGGCUGCAGCGGUCCCGGCCAAGAGCCUAGAAAACCCUGUGGAGCAUGAGCAGCUAGGCUUCCCUGACCCUCUCCAGGACUGCCCCCUGCCACCUCCAAUCCAAAGAGUCUUGGAUCCAGGGUUCUCCGAUCUCUCUGAGGGCCCUGUCACAGAACUCUCAGACGCGGUGGACCGGCUGGACCUGUCAGUCUCGUCGAUCGACAUGACCAGAACCGCCUUGCUCAUCGAGGACGGGGGCAGUGACAACAACUCCGGUGUGGAAGAGCUCGGAGACAGCGACCUGCCAUUGGCGCUGCAGGAGGCCCUGAUGGAUUGCAACAGCCAGGAACCUAUAACAGAGCAAGCCAUGGACCCUGCCUCCUCUGCUCCGGCCGAUGAGUCCUUACCUCUGCUCACAGAACCCAUGCCGCAGCCUGUAGACCCCACCCCUCUUCCAGCCGACUCCACCCCCAAGACCACCAGCUCCUCCCUGCCAUCUGAGCUCUUCCCUCAACCUACUGAGUCCUCCUCCUUGCCAACAGAAACCUCUUCUCUACCUGGUGACUCUUCUCUACCUGCUGACUCCUCCCAGCCUGCUGACUCCUCCUCUUUACCUGAUGACUCCUCUCUAUCUGCUGACUUCUCCCAGCCUGCAGAUUCCUCUUCUUUAUCGGUGGUCUCUUCUCUACCUGCAGACCCCUUCCCACCUGCUGACUCCUCCCAGCCUGCAGACUUUUCCUCACCUGCUGACGCUUCUCUGAUUGCAGACUCCUCCCAGCCUGCUGACUCCUCCCCACCUGCUGGUGCCUCCCAGCCUGCUGACCCCUCCCCUCUGCCUGCAGACUCCUCCCAGCCUGCUGACUCCUCCCCUCUACCAACAGACUUCUCCCAGCCUGCAGACUCUUCCCUACCUGCUGACUCUUCUCUGAUUGCAGACUCCUCCCUGCCUGCAGACUCCUCCCAGCUUGCUGACUCCUCCCCAUCUGCUGACUCCUCCCCUCUGCCUGCUGAUUCCUCUCUCCCUGCUGACUCCUCCCCGCCUGCUGACUCUUCUCUGAUUGCAGACUCAUCCCAGCUUGCUGACUCCUCCCCACCUGCUGACCCCUCCCCACCUGCUGAUUCCACCCCAUCUGCUGACUCCUCCCCUCUGCCUGCUGAUUCCUCUCUCCCUGCUGACUCCUCUCCGCCUGCUGACUCUUCUCUGAUUGCAGACUCCUCCUCUCUGCCCGCAGACUCCCCUUCGCCUGCUGACUCCUCCCCACCUGCUGACCCCACCCCUCUGCCUGCUGACUCACUCCUCUCCCCCUACUCUUCCCCGCCCGCUGACCCCUCUCUGCCUGCAGACUCUUCCCCGCCCGCUGACCCCUCUCUGCCUGCAGACUCUUCCCCUCCCGCUGACCCCUCUCUGCCUGCAGACUCUUCCUCGCCCGCUGACCCCUCUCUGCCUGCAGACUCUUCCCCGCCCGCUGACCCCUCUCUGCCUGCAGACUCUUCCCCGCCCGCUGACCCCUCUCUGCCUGCAGACUCUUCCCCUCCCGCUGACCCCUCUCUGCCUGCAGACUCUUCCUCGCCCGCUGACCCCUCUCUGCCUGCAGACUCCUCUCUGCCUGCUGACCCCUCUCUGCCUACAGACUCAUCUCUGCCUGCAGACUCCUCCGCCCCAUCUGCUGAGUCCUCCCAGCCUGCAGACUUUUCCCCACUUGCUGACUCUUCUGUGCCUGGAGACUCCUCCUUCCUGAUGCCUGCUGAUUCCCCCCUGCCUGCAGCCCUAGUCCCCCUGUCUGCUGACUCCUCUUCCUUGCUUUUAGAACCCUCUUCUCUACCUAUUGAUUCCUUCUCCGUGCCCGGAGCCCCUCCCUCUCUGCUCAUUGACACCUCCUCCCUGCUAAUUGACCCUUCCUCCUUCGCAUUUGACCCCUCUCUCCUUCCUGAACCACUUGCCCUUCUGGUUAACUCCUCCCCCCUGCCACCUGCCCCUGCCUACACAGAUAACAGUAACAGCAUCACUAGCAAGCCGCUGGCUGGCAUCCCCAGCUUUCCUGACCAGCUGGUGGACUCAGCAGCACCCACAGACUCUGCCCUGCAGUAG